UUAAUUUUAAUUAAUUUGAUUUGAUUUUGAUUUUGAAUAUGGAAAAUAUUUGUAUCCCUAAUAAUUAGCGAAAACUCACCACUAAGGAGCGUCAGUUACGUCUUUUUCUCUGCACAUCGUCUUCCUCCUCUCUCUUUGCGCCGACUUUUCAUCUUUUCUACAGAGAUUCGUACGGUGGAUACGCCCAAUUUGGCGCUCCAAUGAAGAAUAUCGCUGAAAACUGCGGCCAAAUCGCGGAAGACGGAUGGCCAAUCCAACACAGUCCGACGGAGACGGCGGCGGCGGCGGCGGCGGCGCAAGCGUGCGCGGCGUGUAAAUUUCAGCGAAGAAAAUGCUCGCCGGAUUGUCCUCUGGCUCCGUAUUUUCCGGCAGAUCGUCCUAAAAAUUUUCAGAACGUCCGCAGAUUGUUCGGCGUAAAGAACGUCCUCAAAACCCUACGCGAUGUCGAGCCUUCGAACAGAGCCGCGGCGGCCGAGUGCAUGAUUUUCGAGGCCAAUUGUCGCGCCGACGAUCUCGCCGGUGGAUGCUACAAGAUAAUCGCCGAAUUGCAGAGCGAAAUCACGUUUUUGGAGGCUCAGCAAAACCUCGUGCUUCGUCAGCUCUGCAUUUUCCGAGAGACGGCAGCGGUGGCGAUGGAUCCGAUGAGUAGUUCGUACGGCGGCGCGGUUCAUCCGCAAUUGAUCCACGGAUUCAAUUUCGACAGUAAGCCGUGCUUUUCUUCCCUCCUGCUCGAUUGCGGUGGGACGACGACGAUCGAUUUGGGGAACUGUGAGGAUCGGUUUCGAAAAGAAUUCUGCAAUUUGAAGGGAGGUGGGCGGCGGAUUAAGGAGGAGAAUGGAGCUUCUUUAUCAUGCCGAUCACGGUAAGUAAUUGGAAAAUUGGUUCAAUGUAGUUUCGAUUCAGAUUAUAAUUUUAGGUCUUGAAGAAGAAAAUUAGAAAAAUAGUUGAAGAUCAUUAGAAUUAUGUAACAUGGUGCUGUUUGGGGAAGAUUGCCCUAAAAAACAGAUUAAUUACAAAUUAAUUUAGGUUAACUUUAUUUACUUUUGAUA